UUGGGUAUCUUUUUUCCUUUCGCACGUUUGGUAUCGCGGUGACUCGGCGUGGCGUUUCCGGCGUUUACGUUUUCAUCCUUGUCAGUUCCGGCGGCCGCAUGGCGUGUGUUUGUGGUGAUUGAAAGUGCCUCUUUUUUACUCAAAAAAAAAAAAAAAAACAAAGUCGUGUAAUAUGAAUUUUUUUAUCCGGAAUAAUUCGUGAUUGCGGAGGUGGUUUUUGUGAAGUGAUAAGUGAUGUGAUGAAUCCAGCAAAGUUUUUAAACAUACCUGAAAUGGCUAAGAUUCUUCUUAUUAUAACUACGAACUGGUUACAAAUUAAAUGAGCGACGUUACGUGAAUUAUUUAUAUCGUCGAGUCGUCGCAGUGUCUCUAUAUGUGAAUUACACGAGUGAUAUUUUUAUACCCUAUGCAAAAUGAAUGUGAUACCAGAAAGCGAAGAAUUAUUGAACGAUAGUAACGGUAAUUAUUAUACCGUGAAAAAUCACCUAAAUUCGUCCAAGUCGUGUCCAGUGACACCUAAAAAGGAUUACGACGGCGAUUUGAACGAUAAUAAUGGUAAUAAAGUGAACGUGUACGCGUUGUUGCAAUCUUUCUGUCAUACGUCAAUUAAUGAAAAUUUUUUCAAAAAUUUCUCCUCUUGGAGACCACAUCGAUGUACCAAUAAUAAUAACAACAAUAUCAACGGGAUCAAGAAUAAUUGCGCAUGUUUUUUACACCUGCUGUUAUUACAGGAAUUUGCCUCGUUGACCAAAGAACUGAAUCAAGCCAGAGACUUAUUGUUAGAACGUGACGAAGAAAUUGCAGAACUGAAAGCUGAAAGGAAUAAUACAAGGCUUUUACUCGAGCAUUUAGAAAGUUUGGUAGCUAGACACGAACGUUCCUUAAGAUUAACGGUGGUUAAGCGACAUCAACAACAAACCAAUCAACAGCAACCUCAACAAUCGGGCGUUAGCAGCGAAGUUGAGGUCUUGAAAGCUCUAAAAAGCUUAUUCGAGCAUCAUAAAGCGUUGGACGAAAAAGUUAGAGAAAGACUGAGAGAAGCAUUAGAAAAGAAUACGAAUCUAGAAUCCGAGCUAACCAAGACGAAAGAAGAGUUGGAAAAUUUGAGAUCAAGCGGAUUAGAAAAUGGAGACGAUAAAGAAAAUAAUACUUCAAAUGAAAAACACGCCAAAGAAUCAGCACAUAUACAAGCCAAGUUGAGAAAUGGAGACAUUCAAAAUGACGUCACGAUUUCCGAAACGGACUCCCAAUGCGAUGGUGACGAUAAUCAGCAAAAUUCCGAAAUCAACAUAUGGCACAAAAGAGUGGCCGAGCUAACCAGUCGACUAGCCGAAGUAGAAGAAACGCUGGCGAAAACGCAGAAAGAAUUAUUAAAAGCGCAAGAUACGAAUUCUCGAUUACAAAGAGAUUUAACCGAAAAUAUAGCCCAAAAGGAAGAUCAGGAAGAACGAAUCGCCACUCUGGAGAAACGAUAUGUGAGCGCUCAAAGAGAAUCGUCAUCAUUGCACGACCUUAAUGAAAAACUGGAGCAAGAAUUGAAACAUAAAGACGCCCAGAUAAAGUUACAAGAAGAUAAAAUUAGGGCUAUACAAGAAAAAUUGGAGCUGUGUGAGCAAAAGUUAGCUCAGUAUGCUAAGCUUCCAGAUAUGGAGCAGGAAUUGAAACAAAGGAUGGAAGCCCUUACACAGGUAAGGGCUCAGGCUCAAGAAAGACAUGGAACUGCCGAAGAUCGUAUUCAAAGAUUGGAAGCCCAGGUUGAUGAAAAGAACGCUGAACUGAUGAGACUAAAUCAACGGCUUAAAAUGAAUGAGGAACAUAAUACUCGCUUGUCUUCAACUGUUGAUAAGCUUUUGUCAGAAUCCAAUGAGCGAUUACAAUCUCAUUUGAAAGAAAGAAUGAAUUCCAUCGAAGAGAAGAACUGCCUGACUCAAGAUUUAGAAAAAGCUAGAAAAAUAAUCGAAGAACUGCAAAUAGAAAAGAAUGAAUUAAUGAAAGAAUUAAGCAAAUCAAAAAUAGAAAUAGAUUGCAUCAAGAGGCAAAUGCUGCAACAAGAAAUCGCCUUCAACAUUCAGCAGACGGAUGCGUUGACGAGAAGUUUAUCUCCAACUGCCGGUGAACCUAGUUCGUUAUUAAGAAGUAAUACUAGUCAACUAUCUCCAUACGAUUCACAUUCGUUGUCAAGAAGGCAUUUAAAAUCAAAAGUCAAUAUGUUAGAUGAUGAUACAUCGAAGGAAUGGGAGAAAUUACAACAAGCUCAUGUAUUAGCCAAUGUUCAACAAGCAUUCGAUGUUAGCAGCGAUAUAGAAUGCGACGAUAAUGAAAGUAUAUUCAGCGGAGCUGAUAUGUUGUCUCCUAAUGGCCAUACAGAUGCGCAAACUUUAGCUUUAAUGUUGCAAGAACAAUUGGAUGCGAUAAAUAAUGAGAUCAGAUUGAUCCAAGAAGAAAAGCAAAACACAGAAGCUCGAGCCGAAGAACUAGAAUCACGUGUUGGCAGCUUAGAGCAUAUGAACUUAGGUACUUUGACCCGAGGUCGCAGCUUCGACAAAGGAUCACCACCUCUGAGCGGUCGAUCAACCCCUCAACGGGAUUACUUGCAUAAAUAUCACACGGCUCCAGCUGCCAUGUCUCCGGCUCACCUACGCCAGUACGCGGACUCGGCUAAACACAGUUAUGCCGCAUACGAACCUGUAAAAAAGUUACCAUUCCCGGAAGAUGAUAGUUCUUCUAUGUCUGCUGUAAAUGCAGCUGGUACUGCUAGUCCACUCACUGCGAGAUCUAUGAGACUGGAAAGAGUCGCUCAUGCUUUGGCUCAAAGUCAAGAAGAAUUAUUGAGAAAAGCUGGCAUCAAUCAAUUACCGAGCAAUCAAAGUUUGAAUUACGAACACAGUAAUUACGCAAAUCAAGACAUGAUACAUAGAAAUAUGCAGCUAUCUAGUCUCCCUCGUACUACGCAAUCCGGUACCAUGAAUUCGAUAGGUAAUUCAUCGGCCGUAGUCGCAGCCCAUAAGAAAAAGAGCAUCAAGUCUUCUCUCGGCAGAUUCUUCAGUAAAAAAGAAAAAGGUAAAGUAGUCAAAGAAGGUGUUAUUAAUCCGUUACCUCAAUACGGAGGCGAUUCCGGCUUCAUGUCUUCGUCUUACGUGGAUUCCGAUAUGACCGAUAAUGUUAGUUUAUGCGGCUCCAGUAUCGGUCAAAAAGGAGAUUUUGAUAGAAGAAAAAAGAAAAAACACGAACUCUUAGCCGAAGCUAUGAAAGCUGGUACUCCUUUCGCAUUAUGGAAUGGUCCUACAAUCGUGGCAUGGCUAGAGCUUUGGGUCGGUAUGCCAGCCUGGUAUGUGGCUGCAUGUCGAGCGAAUGUCAAAUCCGGUGCUAUAAUGAGUGCGCUUUCAGAUACCGAAAUUCAAAGAGAAAUCGGUAUCAGUAAUCCGCUGCAUAGAUUAAAAUUAAGAUUAGCUAUUCAAGAAAUGGUUUCGUUAACGAGUCCGUCUGCACCAAAGACCUCGCGUACAACGUUAGCGUUCGGUGAUAUGAACCAUGAAUGGAUCGGUAACUAUUGGUUACCUGGUUUAGGAUUACCUCAGUAUCGGUCUACCUUCAUGGAAUGCUUGGUCGAUGCUCGAAUGUUGGAUCAUUUAACUAAAAAAGAUCUCAGGGGGCAGUUGAAAAUGGUCGAUAGUUUCCAUAGGAAUAGUUUGCAUUACGGUAUCUGUUGCUUGAAACGAUUAAAUUACGAUAGAAAGCAAUUAGAAGAAAGGCGUAAAAUUAGCGAACACGAAAACGUCGAUGUUUUGGUGUGGUCAAACGAUAGAGUCAUACGAUGGGUAUCAUCUAUCGGAUUAAAGGAUUACGCUGGUAAUCUAUUAGAAUCAGGAGUUCACGGAGCGUUGAUAGCAAUGGAUGAGAAUUUCGACAGUAGUAGUUUCGCUUUAACUUUACAAAUUCCUACUCAAAAUAUACAAGCUAGACAAAUUUUGGAAAACGAAUUUUCAAAAUUAAUCGCAAUGGCAGCCGAACGAAGACCAGAUAGUACAAAUAUGAGUGAUGCUAAUAAAUCCUGAUAUUACGCCCCCUCGUAUUACGUGGAUCCAUCAUAUUCCCGAAUGUGAGGCCCGUUACGAAUCGUCGAAUCGGUUGUACCUAUUUGUUUUCAGAACGAACGUUGUGGAAACGUUCAUCUCUAUUCGAAUCCUUCUUCGCGUAGGAUAAAAAGCUUCCUAGACGAAAGGAUGGGAGGUCGAAUGGCGGCGCAGAUAACAGUAUUAAAAAUUUUAUGUUUUACCUGUCUAAUUAUAAUAUACUUAACUAGUUGAAAAAUUGUAGAACGUGAUUACGAAGCUUUUUUUAUAUAUCUUAUAUAUCGAAAUUACUACGUAUGCGUUUUAGUAUUGAAAGCGUUGACAUGUUCCAUUUUUUUAAGAAGAUAUUUUAUAUAUCUAAAAUACACGUAUCAAAGAGUGUGUGUGUGUGUGUUUCGCUACGUGUCUCAGACACGUGUAGUUUAAUUUUUAUUUUAUUUUUUUCUUUACUGAGAAUCCGUUAGCUUAGUUACUUUUUUUUUUGUUUAAAGAUGUUACCAUAUCAGUUCUUAUUAUAUCAUUUUAAUCUAAAAGGAAGUUUUAAUUUAAUGAGUUAUACCAAAGGGUACUUUCUAACAGUAUUGUCUGAUUAUUUAACUAUAUAUACUAUACAUAUACCUAUUGGUCUCUCCUUUCUCAAUUCCUAAGUUGAAUUUUUAUUUUAUUUUUUUAUACGCGAUUCUAGUGCCAUUAUUUUACGUGUUGUUUUAUUUAUUUUCAAAUACCUUAUACCUUUAGUACAGAGAGUCGAAUAUAUAAUUUUUGUAUUAUAUUUUUAUCGUUUUUUUUAUACCGUUUGACGAGAGAGACUUGUAUCUUGUAUCAUAGUACAUAUUGUACGAUAUCGAUGGUUUUAUUUUUAUUUGUUUUUUUUUUUUUUUUACUAUUUUAUAUCGUAGUCUCGUUGAAAGUUUUCCCCCUUCUCAUGCGUAUGUUUGUAUACUUGUUAAAUUUUUUUCCACAUUCUGACAAUAUUUUUUUUUCGUCAAUCAGGAAUGCAUUGUAUUUUUGUCAAGACUAAAGAGCUUUUUUCAUCUUUUUUUAAAUUCUUUUUUAACGUACUUAUUAUUUGCGCGUACCCCCAUACGUGUAGCGUAAGUACAAACAUUACAUUAUACAAUGCUUCUAAAAUGCUCUUUAUGUCUUAAAGAUCGUACCUACGUUUACGUGUACCUACUAUUUUAUUUAAUAAUUGUGUAAAAAAAUCGUAGCACUAGUCAAUGUUGGCUACGUGAAAGAUGCGUUUUCCCCCCUUCUCUACUACAUAAUUAUUAUUGCGCGCAUUGGAAACAUUUUUGUAUCCAUUUUACGUUGUUACGGAGUAUUAUGCCUAGUAAAAUUAAUAAUACGGAAUAUAAAUACAAAAAAUAAUAAACGAUAGUUUUUCGGUA